AUGAACCGCCGUCUUUGGGAACCUCGAAAGUACGGGGACAAGGACAAAAAGGGUUCACACCAUGCCCAUGUGACUGAGAAUGCGGAGGCAGAGGAGGAUGACGAGGGCGAAAUGUCUGAAGGUGAAGAGGAGAUGUUCCCUGAAAGCGACGAGGAGACCCAAGAGGCCUAUGUCACCUUUCAGAACGCAAAGUCCAAGUAUCAGGCGCUGCUCAAAUCUCGGGGCACCGCGACGAACCAGACUAGCAAAGAGGAUCGAAUCAAACAGGCCAAAGCCCGUUCAUACUGCUCAGCAUGCAAGCGUCGAGGACAUUGGCAUCGAGACCCUGAGUGCCCACUCUACAAAGGGAACAAAGGUCCUGCUCAACCUGCUCAGGUCUCUCACGUUUGUGAGGUCUUUCAUGCUGGCCGCGUCGAGAAUGCCGAGAUCGUUGCGAUCACAGACAGUGCCUGCAGCCGCUCCGUGGCUGGAAGUGAGUGGAUCAAGCGCCUUCGUGAGAAUGCAUUGGCCAAAGGCCAUCACUUUGAAGUAGUCCCACAACAUGAGCAAUUCAAGUUUGGUGGAGACAAACUGUUUCUGUCAAAGAAAGCUUGGUGUUUUUGGCUGAACUUAUGUGGAAAGUGGUUUAUUUUGAAGGUGUCUGAAGUAGAUGCCGAUGUGCCCUUGCUUUUGAGCCGUCCAGCAUUGGCUCAGCUGGGCAUGCGAUAUGAUUUGCCAGCCAAUGUGGCAUCCUUUGGAGCACUUAAUUUGACUGAGGUGCCUUUGCAAACCACUAUGACCGGCCUCCCAGCUGUGCCGGUCGCUUCCAGUUCUAGCCCUGCCCCACGAUGGCCAAAGGGCAUCAAGUGGGACCUAGUUGAGAUCUUUGUACUGUCCGAGAAGGUGGCAUACAUGGUGCGUCAUGCGGGUGAUGUUGUGGAAGCCCCCAAGAAGCUGUUCUACCCCAAGAAGAUUGAUCCUAUGGUGAUGUCCAAACCUGCCUCGGUAUGGAGGAUGCGGCGUGCGGAGCUUCUAGAAGCCUUGAUCGACAUGAACGUGAAGUACGACCCAAGCAUGACAGUGCCGGAGCUGAGGUCGAUCUACAUGGAGGCCCGUGGACCUCAAGGGAAAACUGGCUUGGGGUUGACAAAAUGCAGUGUCGACCAACUGAAGGAGCGGUGCUUGGAGGAGGGAUUGGAGAUACCACCAAAAGCUACACAGGGUCUUCUGAUGAGGAUGUUGCGCUACAGCAUGGAGACCACGGGAGACAGCGAGGUGACCUUUGGGCAGUACAAGAACUACUUGUUCAAGGAGGUGCCGAAGGACUACUUGGAGUGGGCCAUCAAAGAAUGGAGCACGUCCAGCCAAUGCAGCCCCGACUUCGCUCGUCUGGCUCGAUGGGCCGAUCGCCAAAAGCAGGGAGUUGGUCGCUCUCAGGGCUAUGGAGCCAAGUCCUCGAAGGACCCGGAGCUGACGGCCAAGACCAAGCCACCACCUGUGGCCCACAAUGUUCGUCCUCGUGCACAGCCCAAGGAGAAGAGCGUGACACCGGCGCGAAAGUCAAAGACCAGGCCAUUGGAGGAAUCCGACGAUUUCUCUAUGGUGUCUUCGGUGGACGGCCCCAUGUCUACAGAGGAGGAGAUUCACGAGCUGCAGGGAUGGAAGUUUGGAGAGUCAGUGAAAGCAAGUGGCUAUGAAGAUGUGAGCGCCUUCGGCAAGGGCACUGACUUCAAGGAUGUGGGGGAAUCAUCACUGGCCUAUGUGACUGAGUAUAACCAGGUUUUCAGCUAUGAGGUGGGCAGGGUUCCACACUAUGAGACUGAGUAUAACUUGGUCACUGAUGAGCCCUACGGCAAACAUGUUCCUGAGACGCUUGAGCCCGAGCUCGUCGAUGGUGGUGACUAUGAGGCAGCCCAGAAGCUGUUCAGGGAUGAGACGUGCCGCAAUCUCAAGAAGAAGGUGAAGUCAUGGGCGGCCAAAGUCAUGAUUGCUUUGGCAACUUUGGUCGCCGUACGGGCGUUUCCUUUGCACGCUCCUGCACCUCACCUGAUUCCCAAUGCUGAGGAUGUGGCGAAUUCCAACAAGUACCACUGUCGUGAAUUCCUUGGGAUGGAGUCGCCUCGUACCAAAUGGAGUACGUGGCAACAUUUAGACCGUAUCUACACCUACGAGUUCUGCAGAGCUGUGGUGGGAUGCUACCAGUCCGAGAUCGUGCCCAGAUGUUGGACGCCUUUCCCUGCCAUUGGAGAUGGGGAGCUCAGCGAUGCCUAUGAACCUAGUACACUCUUGCUGGGAUUGGGUAUCUUCGUAGGUGGUAGUGGAAACGACAUCAAGGACACCUUCGACCUCCUGACCAUGCACGACGUCUUUGUCUCGCAGGCAUUGGGAUGGAGGGGCGUGAGUUGCUGGCUGUACCACUGCUGGGCGGACCUCUGA